AUAUAUGACUAAUAAUGAUGGCCAGGACCUCCCGCUGACGUGAGGAAAGCCGCCCUCUUUCCACUGCCCUUCAUGUCAUAUAGUCCUCAAGAAAUUGCUACUAAUUGUAAUACAUUCCUAUUAAAUAUUAGAGCUCGUUCUGCGCGAUCCUAGAUAGAUGCAUUUUUUGCAAAACGUUAUAAUAAUGUUUUAACGAUCCGCAUCGCUGGUCUUUUCUCCGACCCGGAGAAAGCCGGCGAGUUUCCGCGACGCUCUCCAGGCUUCCCACUGCCCGGUUGUUUGUGUUCCCUUGUGAGGCGCCGCGCAAUCUCAGGGCACAGGUGACAAUGACAGGGCCGAUUUUCCGCGCCCUCGCCACGCGAACUAGCACUGCAUCAGCUGGCAAAUUGGGCGCGCGUGCGCCAGAGACACGGAACGCGUGCUUCAGAGCAUUAAAUUUAAUUCCAUCAACACCACAGAAUUUGGAGAAAAGAAAGGUAUUCUCCUCAGGUGAAAAAACGUUCUACUUUGACACUCAUGCAGUAGUACAAGUUCUGGAAGCCAAAGGAUUCACAACUCAGCAAUCCGAGAUUGUUGUGUCAGCACUAUUGAAGAUCAUUAAUGCCAACAUGGAUCUCCUAUACAAGGAUAUGGUUACCAAAGUGCAACAGGAAAUCAGUCUUCAGCAAGUAAUGUCACACAUAGCCUCUGUGAAAAAGGACAUGAUCAUUUUGGAGAAAAGUGAAUUUUCAGCUCUUCGGGCAGAAAAUGAGAAAGUAAAAAUUGAACUACAGCAGUUGAAGAAACAAUUAGUUGAUGAAGUUGUCAAGGUCCGUGCAAACAACAAACUGGACUUUAACCUUGAGAAAAGCAGAGUGAAAGAAAUGCAUGCUGAAAAGGGAAGGAAGCUGCAGGAAUUCAGAACAGAAAUGGUAGACGUGCAUGCUCAACAAGAUCGUGGACUGACGCAAACCAAUAGGAAAAUUGACACAGAAGUAGCAGGAUUGAAAACCAUGCUAGAAUCUCAUAAGCUUGAUACGAUCAAAUACCUUGCAGGAUCGGUGUUUACAUGCCUUACUAUAGUACUUGGAUUUUACCGUUUGUGGAUUUAAAGUGUUGAUCAUAAGUGCUAUUUCUGCCUUGUUCAUCGUUUCUCUAGCAUUGUAGGAAUGUAUUUCUUAAGCAUGACUAAUUCAGUGGCAUUCAGAUGCUUAUUUUGACCAAUUUAAUGUAACUAUUCAUUGGGGAAAGACCAGACCUGCAAUAUAGUAGUUUAACAAGAUGCCUUAUGUGCGGAGUGCUGACAAUAAGAAUGUAAAUGUUUGUUUUGCCGUCCACACACAAUGGUUGUUUUUAUUUCACCAUUUGUGAAAGAUGUCAAGAACUGACACCAAAAAUAUAUAUUAACUGUAUUUUUACAUUUAAUUAUAUUCUCGUGUGAUCAAAAACAUAGUAGCUGUCAUCUUUCACCAGGAAGAUGUUUAUUGCUCCUCUUAGGAGGUAAAGUAUAGACUUUCAGGGACUAAUUUGUUCUGUUUUGCCAUUGAUGCUGUGUACCAAAAGGAGAAUCACAAAAUUAUUAAAAACAUUUUUUUCUGAGAAAUCUAGGUUUAUUUUGUGUGUUGCUUUAGCGUGAUUUAAGGUUUAUACUAGGUUUCCAUGGUGGAUUUCUUUUUAAAAUUUAUUUGCAGCCAUUAACCCCUUCCACCCUUUAUGACAUCAUGACUGUCAUGAAAUAGCAGUCUUUAAAACUUAUAAUGACUGCAUAGAACCUCAUGUCAAAAAUUAUGAAAGGCAGUUUAAGAGUCAUCCAAUGGAGAUUUAGGUAUGGGACAAUACAAAUUUGGUACAAAGAUUACCAAAUGAUUUCAGUGAGAAUCUCCUUUCAUUUCAAUAGCAUGUUAUCGCUUAUGAAAAAACACAAGAAUGCCUUCAGUCAAAUUUGUAAUGCAGGUCAGACACCAGUGUAUUUUGGCAUGCCUAGGAUGGUACAGAGCAGAACAAAGAAGAUAAGUUAUUCCUCAACGAAUCCACUUGAAAGGAAAAGUCAAGAAUUCAAAUGAUGCUUGAAGUUUUAGCCAACCUAACAUAACUUCCACAAUACAUCAAAUGUACCAUCGUGGGCAUUUAAUUCAAUAAUGCAAUAGAAAUAUUAUCCUAUCUUGUAGCAUUUUCUUAAAUGAACUACUAAAAUUACCUUGAUUUUUUAUUUAAUUAAUUGCCUUGGAUGCUCUAUGGUUUUGUGUCUCUUUGUAAUUUAUAUUUGUAACAAUAUAUGUGAGGUACACACCA